UACAAAUAUCAGAGGAAAUAAAUCUAAGAAAAAAGAAAGAGUCCAGAGUUUGCUCCACUUUUACCUUUGAAAUUUUGUUUCCUUUUUAAUUUUUGCGAAAUUUCAGGAGUGUUUCUGGUUAAUGUGAGAAAGUAGAUUCGCAAGAAACCAAAAUUAAAAAAGUGAGCGAUUCGUGUUCGAUUGAUUUUGUGGAUGAUCCAUUAUCUUUCUCCAAUAUUUUUGAUUUGAGCGAGAGUUUUGCUUCAUUCGGAAUCUUAAGAUGUCAGGUCCCGUUGAUCGAUUCGCAAUACCAUGUUUUGAGGGAAUAUUGAGCAGUGAUGAGAAAAAGGAAAGAAAGUCUGAUUUUGAGAACUCAGAAGAUGAGAGGAGAACAAGAAUCGGUUCUUUGAAGAAGAAAGCAAUCAAUGCAUCUACCAAGUUCAAGCAUUCUCUCAAGAAAAAGAGAAGAAAAAGUGAUGUCCGGGUCAGUUCUGUCUCCAUUGAGGAUGUUCGUGAUGUUGAGGAGCUUCAAGCGGUUGAUGAGUUUAGACAAGCAUUGGUAAUGGAGGAGUUGCUUCCCCAUAAACACGAUGACUAUCAUAUGAUGUUGAGGUUCUUGAAGGCUAGGAAAUUCGACAUUGAGAAAGCUAAGCACAUGUGGGCUGAUAUGAUCCAGUGGAGGAAGGAAUUUGGUACCGACACUAUUAUUCAGGAUUUUCAGUUUGAAGAGAUUGAUGAAGUUCUGAAAUAUUACCCGCACGGUUAUCACAGUGUAGAUAAAGAAGGCAGGCCUGUGUAUAUUGAAAGGCUUGGGAAAGUUGAUCCUAACAAACUGAUGCAAGUUACUACGCUUGAUCGAUAUAUUAGAUAUCAUGUUAAGGAGUUCGAGAGGAGUUUUAUGCUCAAGUUUCCUGCCUGCACUAUUGCUGCCAAGAAGUAUAUUGAUUCAAGCACAACUAUUUUGGACGUCCAAGGAGUGGGACUGAAGAACUUCACAAAGUCUGCUCGUGAGCUUAUUACAAGGUUGCAGAAGAUUGAUGGAGACAAUUAUCCUGAGACCCUCCACCAAAUGUUUAUCAUCAAUGCAGGGCCCGGAUUCCGUCUGCUUUGGAGCACUGUCAAGAGUUUUCUAGACCCCAAAACGACUUCUAAGAUUCAUGUACUCGGCUGCAAGUAUCAGAGUAAAUUGCUUGAGAUUAUUGAUUCCAGCGAGUUGCCUGAAUUCUUGGGAGGGGCUUGUACCUGCGCAGAUCAGGGGGGUUGUAUGCUUUCUGAUAAAGGGCCUUGGAAGAAUCCAGAGAUUGUAAAGAUGGUACUUCAUGGGGGAGCUCACCGUGCGAAGCAGGUGGUGAAAGUUCUGAACAGCGACGGGAAAGUCAUUGCUUAUGCUAAGCCGUCUUAUCCAUGGAUAAAAGGAAGUGACACAUCAACUGCAGAAUCAGGUUCUGAAGCUGAAGAUAUUGUUGUGUCUCCAAAAGCAGUAAAGAGUUAUUCCCAUCUCCGCUUGACCCCUGUUCGUGAAGAGGCAAAGGUUGGUUCUGGUGAAACGAGUUUUGCCGGUAGUUUUGCAGGUUAUGAUGAGUAUGUUCCAAUGGUUGACAAAGCUGUUGACGCCACCUGGAAGGUUAAACCCACCGCCAUCAACCGGGCUCCUUCUAAAGGAGCUCAUAUGCCUCCAAAUGUCCCAAAGGAUCAUGAAAGCUUCAGUGCUCGUGUCCUAGUAACUUUCAUGGCUUUUGUGAUGGCGAUUCUCACAUUCUUCCGUACAGUAUCAAACCGUGUUGUGACCAAGCAGCUUCCACCGCCUCCUAGCCAACCGCAAAUUGAAGGAAGCGCUGCUGCAGAGGAAGCUGAUCUCCUCAAUUCAGUGCUGAAGAAAUUAACCGAACUUGAGGAGAAAAUUGGAGCGCUCCAGUCAAAGCCAUCUGAGAUGCCUUAUGAGAAAGAGGAACUGCUUAAUGCAGCUGUCUGCCGUGUAGACGCCCUUGAAGCUGAGCUCAUAGCCACUAAGAAGGCUCUUUAUGAAGCUCUGAUGAGACAAGAAGAAUUACUCGCUUACAUUGACCGUCAAGAGGCAGCUCAGCACCAGAAGAAGAAUAAGAGGAAGCAAAUGUUCUGUUUCUAGAAGAUGAAGAAGAAGAAUCAAAUGUUUGUUUCUAGAAGAAGAAGAAGAAGAAGAGGCAUCUCUGCUUUCUCUCUCUCCCUUGUAGGUUUCCAUUGAAACAGAACAACUCUCAUCUCAUUUUAUGUUAAAAGCUAAUCAGUUCUUUCUCUUUUAUGAUAAUGAUUAGUUUAUGAU